AUGAACAAUGAACAUGUGUUGGUGAGUGGCCAUCAGCUGCGUUUAGUGCCGUACUUGGCGCAGCACGUCCCACGCUAUCAUCAGUGGAUGACGAACACUGAAUUACUGCAGGCCACCGCAAGUGAACCCCUCACACUCGCAGAGGAAUACGCCAAUCAACAGGAGUGGCUCUGUGCGGAGGAUAAACUCACCUUUAUUCUUCUCGCACCACUCUCUAUGAUUUUAGAGGAACCCACUCCUCCAGUUACACGGAUGGAUCCAUUGGCGGAUGAUGAAGAGGAAAAUACAUCCCAGCUGGAAGAUUGGGAGGCGGAGGAUAAUGAUAAUGAUAAUGAUGAUAGUGAAAAUGAAGAAGAGGAGGAAUACGUCAAUACAGUUAUAACAGAAGUAGAUAUAGAUCUUGGAAGAAGAUCUUCUGCUGAAAGACUUAUGAUGGAAGAACCACAAAUAUCCACGCCGUUUAUGAGAACCCGCUCAGAACCCGCAGUCACUCCUCGUACUUUUAUUCGUAAAGAGGAACGUCAAAUUGGUCGAACGUACGUUAUGAUUGGUGAUUGUAAUCUCUUUUCUAUUAACUCUGAUGAUGUGAAAUGUGCUUCACCAACACCAACAACAACAACAACAACAUCAGAUGUUGUUGGAAAUACUAUUAGUAAUAGUCCUGGUAAUGAGGCUACUAAUAAUAAUAAUAAUAAUAAUAAUAAUAAUAAUAAUAAUAAUAAUAAUAAUAAUAAUAAUGAGAUUAUUAAGAAUAGUAAUGAGAAUGAUGAACGAUGCUUUGAGGUCUCUGUGAUGGUAGCGGAACCUUCUUUUCGACGACGUGGAAUGGGUGGAGAAGCCGUACGGUUAUUAUUGAGUUAUGCACUCGAUAAACUUAAUGCCACGGCUUUUGUUGCGAAAAUAUUAAAUACGAAUAACUCCAGUAUUGAAUUCUUUACAAAGAAACUUGGAUUUACCAAACUAAAGGAUGUACCUGUAUUUAAUGAGGUUCACUACUACAAACGAUUUGCCAAUAAGGCAGAGAAAGAAGCGUGGUGGGCUGAGGCGGGAUAUAAAGUGGAUGUUUACGAUGAGGCCGCAGAGCAGAGUAUGACAGUUCUUCACAAUAUCCCGGCAGGGAAUUAG